CGGGGCGCCCUGACUGGCGGGCUGGCGGCUUGGGGGCGGAAGGUCGCACGGCACCGGCCAUCCGGCGGGGACCGGGAAGGCUGUGGGGCCCGGCGGGGAGGAGGUUCGGAGUUUGCAGAUCCAGGAUCGGCCGGAGAUGUGGACUCAGAGACUCCCAGAGGCGAUGUGACCUCCCCACAAGGGUCAGAGGUGGAGCUCGACGACUGAUGUGUUUUUCCACUCCACGUCGGGGCCAAGUGGAUUGUCACUGACUCCACUUGGAGUCUUUCAAAAAACAGCCAGAAGAGUCUUGAGCUCCCAUCAACAGGCCACUGGAGCUGCCAGCACUUUGGAACUGAACUUGUGGAAGGGAAGCAAGGGUGAGCGUCAGGCCCUGGGGGGCCGAUGGCCGGCAGAUGGCGGGAUCCACACUGGGCGCUGAGUGCACUCUCUGUACCACUGAUGAUGGGAACAGUGUCCGGAGCCAGGGGCACAUCAACAGGGCUCCACAUUACCCCCCUGUUUGCAGCCUCAGGUGUGAACCAGACCCCCAUGGCAGAUUGUCGCACCGUGUGUGGCUUGAAUGUCUCUGACCGCUGUGUCUUCAUCCGAACCAACCCUGACUGCCACAGCUCGGGGGGGUUCCUGGACUACCUUGAAGGCAUCUUCUGCCACUUCCCAUCCAACCUCCUCCCUCUGGCCGUCACCCUCUAUGUGUUCUGGCUGCUUUACCUGUUUCUGAUCCUGGGAGUCACCGCGUCAAAGUUUUUCUGCCCUAACUUGUCGGCCAUUUCUACUACGCUUAAACUCUCUCACAACGUAGCUGGUGUCACCUUCCUGGCGUUUGGGAAUGGCGCUCCUGACAUCUUCAGUGCCAUGGUGGCUUUCUCAGACCCCCGCACAGCCAGCCUGGCCAUCGGGGCUCUGUUUGGUGCGGGCGUGCUGGUCACCACCGUGGUGGCUGGAGGUAUCACCAUCCUGCGUCCCUUCAUGGCUGCCUCCAGGCCCUUUCUCAGGGACAUCGCCUUCUACAUGGUGGCUGUGUUCCUGACCUUCACUGCGCACCGUGGCAGGGUCACGCUGGUGUGGGCCCUGGGUUACCUGGGCUUGUAUGUGUUCUACGUGGUCACUGUGAUUGUCUGCACCUGGAUCUACCAGUGGCAGCGGAGCCAGUCCCUUGUCUACUCCAUGCCGGGGACUCCGGAGAUGCUGCCUGACUCAGAGGACGAUAAAUUAUCUUCCAACACCAGCAGCUAUGACUACGGCGAUGAGUACCGGCCGCUGUUCUUGUACCAGGAGACCACGGUUCAGAUCCUGGCUGGGGCCCUGAACCCCCUGGAUUAUAGGAAGUGGAGAAACCAGUCUGUGUCCUGGAGGCUCCUGAAGGUGUUCAAGUUGCCCGUGGAGUUCCUGCUGCUCCUCACUGUGCCCGUCGUGGACCCGGACAAGGAUGACCGGAACUGGAAACGGCCCCUCAACUGUCUGCAGCUGGUCCUCAGCCCCCUGGUCGUGGUUCUCACCCUGCAGUCAGGCAUCUAUGGUGUCUACGAGAUCGGUGGCCUCCUUCCCGUCUGGGCCGUGGUAGUAAUCGUGGGCACAGCCCUGGCCUCGGUGACCUUUUUUGCCACAUCCAACAGUGAGCCCCCCAGACUACACUGGCUCUUCGCUUUCCUGGGCUUCUUCACCAGCGCCCUGUGGAUCAACGCGGCCGCCACAGAGGUGGUGAACAUCUUGCGGUCUCUGGGCAUCGUCUUCAGGCUGAGCAACACCGUGCUGGGACUCACGCUGCUGGCCUGGGGCAAUAGCAUCGGAGAUGCCUUCUCGGAUUUCACCCUGGCCCGCCAGGGCUACCCACGGAUGGCCUUCUCUGCCUGUUUUGGUGGCAUCAUCUUUAAUAUCCUCGUGGGAGUCGGGCUGGGCUGCCUGCUGCAGAUUGUGCGGAGCCACGCAGAGGUGAAGCUGGAGCCAGACGGACUGCUGGUGUGGGUCUUGGCUGGUGCCCUGGGACUCAGCCUUGUCUUCUCCUUGCUCUCAGUACCACUGCAGUGCUUCCAACUGAGCAAGGGCUACGGCUUCUGUCUGCUCUUCUUCUACGUCAGCUUCCUUGUCGUGGCCCUACUCACGGAAUUUGGGGUGAUUCACCUGAAAAGUUUGUGACCAAAGCCGCCUAUGGGUGUGCAGGUGGCAUUGAGGGGAGACCCGGAUAUGGGCACUUUCGGCAGACCCCACAUGGCUCCCACUGGAGUGCUGGCUAACAGAGCUCCGGAGUGGCUACUGUGUGAGGUCAGCAGCUGAGAACUGCCCGGCACCCAGCAGCCUUGGUGCUGGGACUUUGCUGGAGACAGUUCCAGACAGAAGCUGGAGGACCUGGAGUGAUGCAGCGUGAGAUGAGCUGGGAUGGGGCGAGGGGCUGGGUCCGGUCAGGGCUCCAGGCACCUGGAGGGAGGCCCUGCCCAGUCUCCCCUGCCGGGCUUCAGGCCACACUGCACUUCUGAGGCCCCCCACUGCCCUGAGUGACUGCCAAGGGCUGAGAGCGAGCGAUGGAGCUGCACCAUCGAUGCAAGCAGUACUUGGGCUGUACCUGACGUAGUUCCCUAGUUGCUGCAUUAAUAAAACCAAGGCAGGCAAAACAUGGUAGCAUGUUAUUGAGCCCAGUGGCUCAAAAACCCCUCUGCAUGGCCCUGCCACGAGUGGUUACUGUGUUGGACAGUGGCCUUGGCCUCAGAUCUAGAACUGCAUGCAGAGCCCCAGGUCCCCCAGGUACAAAACUGGAGCCAGGCUGGGCUGUGCGCCUACUUCAGUGGGGGCCUGGGCGGUCAAGUCACUGCGAGCUCUGGGGACAGGAAGAACCCCAGGGGCCUGCUUGCCGCCAGGGUUACCCCGCCUUGCUUUUCAAUAAGCAUUGUUUGACCGACUGCCUUCUGCUGUUAGGAAGGAAAAGGGGUUCAGCUGUCUUUUUUCCAAGCAAAAAAGAU